UAGCUCCCGUCCACUCCGUAGCAGAAGCGAAAAGGAGUUUCCAGCGGGUGGAAAUGUGCUCGGUCCUGUCAAGAAACCAAGCUAGUCUUAGACGGAACGGAAAGAGUUAACAUUUAACAGCCUUUUUAAGUAGAGUAACAACCGAAACAGUGGACUCGAAAUAAACGGUGGGAGUGUACAGUUAUGGAGCUCAUUAAAAGCGACGCUGCGCCGGAGGCUGACGACAGGGGGCGGCAGAGAGAUGACAAGCAGAAAAGUGCCGUCUCGGAGAAGCAAGUGCAGCGGAGUCAGCUGGAGGUCUGUCCGGGAUUGUUGUCUGCAGAUCGCGGACGGGAGAGGAGCGACCCUGAGCCCAAAGCCGGUGACGCUGCGGGCGACGAUGGCCUCCUGGCGGAGAACACCUCAAGGGGCCCGCAGAACAAGGGUCAACCGGGCUGCCCCGGAGCCACCUCUCACGGCUUACCGGGUAAGAGAAAACACAGGCGGCGACCGUCGAAAAAGAAGAGGCGCUGGAAGCCGUACUUCAAGCUGACCUGGGAGGAGAAGAAGGAGCUGGACGAGCGGGAGACGGCGCGGGCGUCGCGGGUCAGAGCGGAGAUGUUCGCCAAGGGUCUCCCCGUGGCGCCGUACAACACCACGCAGUUUCUGAUGGAGGAGCACGACCGAGAGGAACCGGACCUCAACACGGAGCUCUGCGGCCGCUUCGAGGACACGGCGAGCGAGGAGGAGCACUUCGAGGCUGCCGACGACGAGGACGAGGCGGUGCUGGAGGAGGAGGAAGGCGAGGGGAGCGACGGCAUGGGGCGGCCGGGCCACGCGGGAGGAGGCGGCGAGUUUCUGCAGCGGGACUUUUCCGAGACGUACGAGCGCUACCAUGUGGAGACGCUGCAGAACAUGUCCAAGCAGGAGCUGGUCAGGGAGUACCUGGAGCUGGAGAAGUGCAUGUCGCGCCUGGAGGAGGAAAAUAACCGACUGGAGCGGCGCGCGCGCAGGAGCGCGGGGGACUGCGGCGGCGGAAUCGAGAGCGCGCUGCAGCGCGUGCGCCAGCUGGAGAGCGAGGUGGAGAGACUGAGGGCGCUGAACGGAGAGCUGCUGCUGAACCAACAGCAGGGACUGAACGGCUCCAGAGCAGCAGAGCCUGAGCCCGAGAGAGAAAACCAGUGACAGACGAGAAAAGAAGAGAAAAAAACGUGGAUAUGUUUGGUUUGUUUUUAAUCGUCCACUCAUUCUCCGACUUAUUGUCUUAACUGUAAGCUGCGGUAGCUUUAAUGUGAUGCGCUUUUCAGCCUGACAGCAAAAAACAAAAAAAGGACGUAAUUUUCUUUACUUACCAGAAUUUUUAAUAUUACAGUUGUACGUGCGGUCCUAUAAAGUUGGUCAGUUCGUUGUAACAUAGGUUAGGUAUAUUUUUUUCCACGCGUUAUUGAGUUUGAAACGAAAACACUCGACUGCUUUGCUUCCAUAGUUGAUAGUUGACGUGAGGAACAGAUGCGAUUUCUCUCUCGGACUGCUGAAAGGUUUGUGAAAGUUCAUCAUAAAACCCACUUACUGAAUGUCUGAGCGCUUUUCGUGUCGAUCAGUCCAGGAAAAAACGAGCUUUUUUGGUUGUUUUGCUGCUGGUGCACCUGAUAUUUCUGCUUCCUCUUGUUAAUGCAUGACCAAGGCAGUAUGUAAUAAAACUGUGGAAUUUUUUCCUCCAAAUGUGGUGUCGAUUAAAUUAUUCAAAGUCA